AUGGCUUCUGCCAAAGCCCGCCUUGCCGGCCUCGUUGGCCAUUUCCUGCCUUCACAUGGUGAUCACAACGUCAAUCAUCAUACACUCUCGCCGACCUUCUUCCUUCCACGUGCUGCUGCCAUUGAACCGGAUGCAGAAGCUAUCUACCACCUAACAGCCAAUAACAAGAUCCUUCGAAGAAGCUACAUCGAAACAGCAGACCGCGCGCGUGGGCUUGCGUACUAUCUCAAGAAACACGGAUUCAAGCGAGUAGGCAUUUUGGCGCCAAACACGCCAGCGUUUUUAGAGUCGAUCUUUGGUAUUGCGGCUGCGGGGGCUACGAAUGUUGCGGUGAAUUACAGACUGAAACCGGAAGAUGUCGGUUACAUCUUUGAACAUUCAGAAGCAGAGAUUAUUAUUGUUGAUCAGGAAUUCGUUUCUCUUCUUGAUUCGUUCAGACAAGAUCAUCCGAAUAUCCCUUUACUAGUUGACACCGAUACGGAUGCAACGGAGGGCCAAUUGAGCGGUCCGUUUGACGCUGCUGUUCUGGAAGGUUUGCAGCAUGAUGUGAUUACGGGGGGAAAAGGCUGGGAGGGGUUGGAAGCUCAGGCAGCUGAUGAGAACUCGGUGAUAGCACUUGCAUACACGAGUGGUACAACCGCCAGGCCAAAGGGGGUAGAGUAUACACAUCGGGGCUCGUAUUUGGCUUGUAUGGGCAAUAUCGUAGAGUCUGGGUUGAAUUACAACAAGGGACGUUGUGGAUAUCUAUGGACACUGCCAAUGUUCCAUGCUAUGGGAUGGACUUUUCCCUGGGCAGUCACAGCUGUGAGAGGCACGCAUUACUGCCUGCGCAAGAUCAAUUACCCAUAUAUUUGGAAGCUGCUCAAGAACGAGCACGUCACGCAUUUCAACGCUGCCCCGACAGUAAACACUCUCUUGUGUGCUGCUCGCGAGGCCGAGAAGCUCGCAGAACCCGUGCGAGUCACGGUUGCUGCGAGCCCACCAACUGCACACUUGUUUGAGCAGAUGACCAACCUCAAUCUUCACCCGGUACACGUUUACGGAUUGACAGAGACAUACGGCCCCAUUACCAAGGGCUACCACAUUCCAGCGUGGGACACGCUACCGCUCAAGGAGAAAUACCAAAAAAUGGCCCGGCAAGGUCAUGGGUUUCUUACAAGUCUCCCCGUUCGAGUUAUCAAACCAGAUCUUCCGGAAGGAACCAUUAUUGAUGUGCAGCGCACCGGUCUCGAGCUGGGCGAAAUUGUCUUUUCGGGAAAUAUUUGCGCCAAGGGCUACUACAAGGACCCUGAAGCUACGCGAAAAUUGUUUGCGGGUGGUGUCCUGCACUCGGGAGAUCUCGCCGUCUGGCAUCCUGAUGGGGCUAUUCAGAUCUUGGAUCGAGCAAAGGAUAUAAUCAUCAGCGGUGGCGAGAAUAUCUCUUCAGUUGCCCUGGAAUCAAUGCUGGUCACGCAUCCGGAUAUCCUCGAGGCCGGUGUGGUUGCGGUCGCCGACUCUCACUGGGGCGAGCGGCCCAAGGCCUUUGUCACGGUGCAGGCCGGCAAAACAGUCGAGGGCAAGGAUGUGAUUGAAUGGGCCAAGACAGUGAGCGGAAUCAGCAAGUUCAUGAUCCCUCGCGAGAUCGAAGUUGUUCCUGAGCUUCCCAAGACCAGCACUGGCAAGGUCAAGAAGAACGUCUUGCGAGAAUGGGCCAAGGGAGCAGACCGAGGUCUGGUGCAGUGA